UUCCCAUUUACUGCGACGUCCUAGGUACAGAUGAGUUCCUCCUUUCGUUCCCUUCCAUGUUAGACCUUCAACACAAGCAUUUCCUUCUUCCGCACUAGAGCUCUCACGUCCAGGCUGAAAAUAUAUGUAUCCCACCGUUCGAUCCUCGGACGCCUCCAUAUACCGACAGAAUCAUAGGUCAACUUUAGUUCACAUCAUGUGAUGAAAGUGUAUUCUUUAUCGUGAUGAAUGUCAAGGCUGAUGGGAAUAUUGGACCUUGACUUCCUACUGAUUUGACUGGCGUUUGGGCAACUGGAGGAUUGAAAACAGCCAGCUCGAAUACGCUACAAUAUUCGCCGUCGCUUUGAAACUGAUCCGAUUGUUACAAUGGGGUCACUGCAAUCACGUCUAAGCGAGCCUCGUACUUAUCCCCAAGUCAUUAUUUCUGCCUUGACUGAGAUAGGAAAGGUAGAAUCAUCGAUUCCAGUUCCGAAUCAACGAUCCUACACGGGUAGAAAACCCGUCAUAACUUCUUCUCUCGCCAAUACUACCUGUACCAGCAUAGGCGUCGUCGGGCUUUUAGAUCAACUCAACACCACCCUCGGAACAUCAUACACGCUGAACAAUUCCUCCUUACAUUCCAUUCUCGAAAGCUGUAUCUCGAGGAAAUAUGAUUUUGGCACCGCAUACGGCCGUCUACGCCCAAUCUGGUACAACGCCAACUGGAGCGCCAUACAGAAUGAACUACGCAUACGUGAAGAGAGGGACCAGAAUAUGCGACGAGAAGCGCUCGUGGGCAAUUGGAUCGUAAAUCCGAACAUGCCCCCUCGACGCGUAUGGGAUCUUUAUAGCAACCGUGUGGUACCACAGUGGAUCAUCUCUGAGAAGAAACCAUGGGCGAUAUCGUACGCUUGGAUGAGCCCUGAACAUCGUGUUCAAGUCAACACACCCAUAAAUGCACACGAAUGGCCAGUUCCCAUUCAUAAAGAUGGCAAUUUGGAUCUCGUCCGAAUUGAGAUGCUGAACCUAGGCGCGGAAUACAUCUGGUUGGACGUUCUCUGUUUGAGACGACGUGGAAAAGAGGAGAAUGAACUUCUGCGUGAGGAGGAAUGGAAGCUCGACGUAUCCACUAGCGGGUAUGUGUAUCACGAAACCGAGAUGGUCGUGUACUACUUCUGUGGGCUGGGAGGGGCCUUCAGCUUGAAAAUGGACGACUUGGAUAGUCCCCGUUUUUGGCUGAACCGUGCGUGGACGUUACAGGAGAUCAGCAGGAAGUGGAUUAUAGGCGGGGUCACUGACGAUGGAGCAGGGAUGACCCCGCAGACAGCCGCGGAGCAGGAUCACAAGGCCGUACUAGACAGGAUCAACGAACAAUUGGAGUCCCUGGUAGAUACCGUACACCGCGUCGACAAUGUGUUCGACUUGCUAGUGCAUCUUCGCCAGCGCAAGUCGGAGCAUGCGGUGGAUCAUGUUGCGGCAUUGAUAUUCCCUUUACGGUUCAAGGCAAUACCAACGUAUGAUGAGACACAGUCUGUCGAUGCUCUUUGGUUGGCGGUGGUGAAUACGAUGCGGACGAAACACAGGGGGGAUAUGUUCUUCCUGUAUCCUAGACCUGGGAGCGAACAUACUUGGAGACCGUCAUGGAACCAAGUCAUGACUGAGAGGCGUCUGCCGAUAGGUAGGGUCAGCCUGUACGCGGAUGUGGAGCGCGACGAAGAGACGAAUGCUGACUGGUACGACGGGAUGUGCAUUGAAGAGGGCCGCGUACAGGGAUUGGGUGCGGAAGAUCCGAAAGGACUGAUACGACGGGGGAAGCUAGUUGUCAAAGAUGACACUGGAAAGUCUCAUUCACUCGGAAUCGUCGCCGCUCAUCUGUAUGAGAUAUCUGACGACUCGUACACAUUGAUAGCCAGCAGCCAAGGGAAAAGUGGAGCAUUCGUGACCCGUGCGCCAUGGACAGAAAUUCAUUGGGUCGCCGGACGAAGAUUGUCAGGGCAGAAGUUCGAGAAGGUAUCAGUGUUCACCAUGACGGAUGCAAGAGAGAUACAAAGGUUGAAGAAAUUGGGAAUCGCUAAACGGUCGAUUAGGAACUAUCUUGUUUAAUAAAAGUGAUAUAUUUGUAGUUGCCACGUUUCCGAUACGGGAUGGAUAAUAUUAUGAAGAAG